AUGUCGGCUGCCUUCCCUCUCCUCCGACUACCAAAAAAGGCACUACAUCAAAUGCUUUAUAGCAUUGAUUAUGUUGAUAUAGUCUCAUUCUCUCUCGCAUCCAAUAAAACUAAAGAAGUGGUCAAAUCUCUCAACUUGAAAACCAAUAAUAUCAAUUUGGGACUGGAAAAUAUCAUCAGAAUUCAAAUCGACGCAUUCAAGAACAACACGACGCGUUUAAUGUGGAAUUUCUAUCGCCCCCUCUCUUUAAAUCCGAUAGUUUACAUGCCAGCUCGUGUAAUAGGGAUGCGUGAACCAAACCCUACACAGAACCACGUGAAAUACCGAAAUCCAGGUCUUAGCAUCCGAGAAUGGCAUUACAAGAGCCAUGAGAGGACCAUAGUGGUCAAAGGUGGAUACGAUAUCCGUCGAACGGACGGAACUGUCGGAACUGUUACAAUUCGACAACGAUUCCAAGAACGAUUUGUUCUAUUUCAUGUAUGGUGCUGA